UUUUGCAUAACACAGAAUGCUAACCGGAAAAGACGCAUUUUCAUUGUUGAUGUCGACAGGGAUGUUGGUCUAGCAGUCCCGGUCAUUCUUGUUUCCACUGUCCACAAAAUGGACAUACAACAGGUGCUUAGUUAGACAAUUUAAAACCGCUGUCUUUAAAAGUCUAUAGGACACAUUUAUCGGUGAUUCUGACGGCGUUGAUCUCAUUCAGUAUGUAUGUACACGUCUGUAGCUAACCUGAUCAACCAAGCGGUUCACGAAUUCGGAGAUUUAUCACAGAGGAAAGUGAUGGUCAAGAGAUUCUGGACUUUGUAGUUGGUCACUGUCACAAGGAUGAACAUGCUGUUGUCCAAGUCACGGCGAAUCAUGCAGUUGUGAUCGACCGUCCACACUUCCUUCUGUGCCUUUAGCUCGUCCUGUCAUCAAACCUUCUACCCCAUUCAAAAUGGCAGCCACGGAUCACGAUGGAAUCGAUGGUGUUUCUACAGUAUCAAACACUCAGUCCUGUAUCAUCAGGCGAGCAGUCCUACCGAUACCAACACACCAGGAGAAAUCGGAUUCCACAUACGAAACAAAAGGAACAAAGGAAUGGACAAAACAUGAGACAAAACAAUUUCUUUGUGAGCACCACACCAUGAACCACACUGCCCGAAGUGUUAGGAUGUAUCCCCGAGUUGUCUCCCUUGACAGACGAUUUAUCACCGAGAUCUUGUCAAUGUAUUGGGCUGUUUAUCACGGCGACAUCGAAACAUCCCUUUUUUGGACUAGUUGCAGUUCAUGUACCGAAAGGGAAGUGCCAUUAUUUGGAUUGUGGAUUCACAAAAUCCGAACCCAUGGGUUGUCGGUCAGAGUUAGAGCUUAUAUCGGAAUAUACAAAUGGAGUGAAAACAGGAGGAUAAAAACCUUCACUUAUUGAGAGGUCAAGAAUGAUGUUGGAUUACAUCGGGCGGUCACGAAUGAUGUUGGAUUACAUUCGAGCGGUCAAGAAUGAUGUUGGAUCACAUUCGAGCGACCAUGAACAAUGUUGGAUUACAUCGGGCGGUCACGAAUACUGUUGGAUUACAUUCGAGCAGUCAAGAAUGAUGUUGGAUUACAUUCGAGCGGUCAAGAAUGAUGUUGGAUUAAAACGAGCGACCACGAAUGAUGUUGUAUUACAUCGAGCGGUCACGAAUGGUGUUGGGUUACAAACUUCCAAACGGCAGUUGUUACAGAAGCUGUGAUGGUUUUAAAACAUAAAUAAAAACUGUACGUACUUUGGAGAUUGAAAUAUAAUCAAGUUAUUUACAGUUUUGUGUUAAUUGUCGGAUAGUCGGCUUCUAAAGUGCCCAAAGAUAAGUAACCUUUCUGAGGUUAGUGCUAAUUUCAGGAUAAUCACUCAGUUUGUGUAAAACGCCUGCUCUUACCUUCUUAAAACGGAAGUGACGUCAUUAAUAUACAUGCCUCGGUAAACAAAGUGUUCCCAUGAACGACGCGAAUCGUCAGAUCAACUUUUUUAUUGACUUGGGUUCCAUUUGGAGAUAUAAUUUUUUUUGCAUAUUAUGAGUAUGGUUAUUUUUACGACUAUUGUCAAAAUUAAAGGUUAAUACAAAGUUUA